AUGUUUCAGCAGAACAAGUGGGCAUGGACUGAUGGCAGCGACACGAGCUAUAUGAAUUGGAUGAAAGGAAAACCCGAGAAGGACCCGGGCAAGUACGCUUGUGUAGAAAUCCUUCAAGACGACUACAAAAAUUCCAAAACGCAAUGGAAUGAUGUGGCGUGCAACACGAAGAUGCGGAAAUACGUGUGUAAAAAGGCAGCCAAAAAGUGA